GAAUUCCCUCACUUCCACACGAAUUAAGCAAGCUUAAGCACCUCUCGCCAACCAGUUUGGUUAUGGUUAAGACAAUGAGAAUAAUAUUGUUUAAACAGAUUACGUAUUAACAAAUUUGUUCAAAAAUGCCGAGAAAAUUGCUAAAAUUCCUAAUUUUGUUCGACAAUACAUCUUUGCUUUAUUUCCCGGGUCAGUUUUUGUCCGGAAGAGUGUUAAUUGAACUACAAGACGACACACCUGCAUUGGGGUUGCAUUUGCAUGUAGUUGGCGAAGGGGUAGUGAGAGUGCGGACGUCUCGUCAAGAGAGGGUGUAUGACAAGGAAAAUUAUAUCGAUUUUAGAAUGAGACUUUUGGGUGAGCCAGGUCAAGGACCAUCGGUUCUAUCGCCCGGAAUUCAUAGUUUUCCGUUUAAAUUAGGGUUACCAUUGGGUCUUCCAUCGACUUUCUUAGGAAAACACGGUUGGGUUCAGUACUACUGCAAAACGGCCCUACGAGAACCGAAUGGUUUGACCCACAAAAACCAGCAAGUAUUUAUAGUUAUGAACCCGAUAGAUUUAAAUUUGGAGCCUUCAGUUUUAGGGACCAUUUCGGGACAGGAAACGUUUAAAUGUGAAGUGGAGCACAAAUUUGGAGUGAGUUGUGUUGGGUCCGGGGCUGUAGUUUGUAAAGUAACUUUAGAUCGAGGCGGAUAUGUUCCAGGAGAGAGUAUAGGAGUGUCUGCCAGUGUUUCAAACAGAAGCAGACUGACGAUAAAAAGUACAAAAGCCGCUUUGACUGAGACCAUAACAUACAUGGCCAGAGGAAAAGUCGUGCAGACGGAAAAAAGGGAGCUAGCUUCUCUCACCAGAGGAAAAAUCAGACCUCUUGAGCGGGACGAAUGGGUUAACGAACAACUGUAUAUACCACCAUUACCGCCGACGAACUUAAGAGGGUGCCAUUUGAUUAGGAUUAAUUACGACGUAUUUUUUACCAUAGAACCCAAAAGCCUUCAAAAGGAAGUGAAACUUCAAUUACCAAUUGUAAUGGCGACGUAUCCCCUAAGGACGGAAAAUGACGAAACUGGUUACAAGUCUGGUACACACUACCCAUCAACCUUACCAAUAUUUCGACCUUGGUUAGAAGAUAAGCCUUCACAGGACUGAAAUAGUCGCCAUGGUUAUAGUAUAAACGCUUGAAAUCGAGUAAUUUCUAAAUUAAUCAUCGCGAUUGGAUAUCACGGAAAACCCGAAGUAUAUUUUUGGGUCAGUUUUGCCAUUGUGAUCGAACCUUGAGGGUUGGUACUAUUGUUUCUACUAAUACAAUUAAUUAAAGGAUCGUUUCGAUUGAAUAAAGAUUUUUUCUACAGCUUUUGUGUAGCCACUUGUU